AUGGAUAAGUUUUGCUGCUUCAAGGCAUCGGGUCCUCAGGUGAGGAGGAGUAGCUCUGUUUCUCCUUGAUUCUUCUCUCCACGCGCGUAUACCGCUGCAGGUGGAUGAUCAGGCCAUGGAAACUGUUGCUGCGGUCCAUUCACCGCCCUGCAGUGCUGCUGAGCGGGAGAAUUAUCUUGAUCCGCCCAUGUCUUUUUUCUCUUCCCCUCUUUCCUCUCGUGCAAACCCCCUUCUCCUUUCUGAUGAACCAUAGAAGUCGGGCUCCGAAUUCCAGUUGCAGCCCGUGGGGGGUUUCUGUGAAUUUUCAUUUGGACCGGAGACCGAUCUUGUCUCCCUUGCUUCUGCAGAAAAUUUAGCCGAUUUGCCUGUCUAAAUGCGAAAUUUGCCUACGGUCACCGGGUCCUUCUUCAGUCGAGUUUCUUCUAAAUCUUAGGGCUCUAUCCAUGACUUGUUGACUUUGCUACUGCAAUUAAUUAAUUAAUUGAUUCAACUAUGUUAAAUUUGUUAAAUAGGAGAACUCUGUCCUUGAUCAGGCUCUAUCCAACACGCGUUCUUAUGUUUCAGCUGGUAUCUGUUUCCUUUUGUAAAAUCUAUCAUCAUCAACAUCUAUUUGACUAUUUACCUCAGGGCACAGUAUCCUUUUGCCCUGCAGACCAACCCUAUUAAUGAUGGGUCCGGUCGCAUGAUUUAAAAAUUGGAUGAGAAUGCUGUCAUCCUGGUUGUUUCUUCCCUUUGGUUCUUUGAGCCUAGUAGAGAUUAUGGUCUUGUUUUACAGCCGUCAGCUCAGCCUUCAUGCAGCGUUGGCAAAGGGAAGAGCAGCCAGAGCAGAGUCAAGAUGAGCUUUGGGUACAGCCUUGUCAAAGGCAGGAUGAGCCACCCCAUGGAAGACUAUCAUGUGUCCAAGUUCAUCAGGAUCAAGGGUAAAGAGCUCGGGCUGUUUGCUAUUUUUGAUGGCCAUUCGGGAGACGGUGUGCCUGCAUACCUUCAAAAGCAUCUCUUCUCCAACAUUCUAAAGGAGGUAAUUUGGGCAAGAUGGAUGGAGGCCUUUGAGUUGUUUUACCCUUGCCGCCUGAUCCUGCUCACAUCGAUAUUUCUGUGGCUUUAGGAUGAGUUUUGGACCUUUCCUGAGAGGGCUAUCUCAAGAGCUUUUGACAAGACAGACCAGGAGAUCCUCUCCCACAGCUCUGGUAUGGGCCAAGGCGGUUCCACCGCUGUUGUUGCCAUCACCAUAAACGGUCAGAAGCUAUGGCUAGCCAAUAUUGGUGACUCCCGAGGAGUUCUUGUGAGAGGUGGGCAAGUGAUACAGGUGACGAUUGAUCAUGAACCCAUCACAGAGCGUGAGAGGAUAGAGGACAGCGGUGGAUUCGUUUCAAACAUGCCAGGUGUUGUUUUUUAUCACCCUUUCUUGGAUUAAUUCGGGUCUUCUUGCUUUUCAUAUUCUUAUAUUUUUUUCUGAAAUUGUGUGCGACUAGUCAAAUAAUCCUGUGUGAUGGGACUUGGAUAAAACCAUAUCCUGAAGAGUUUUCUCUUUGGAAUGCUGUCGUAGUCAUUUCUUCAUGUUCUUUUUUUUUUGUCUUUAGGGCUUUGACGCCCAUCUAAAUGGAAGGUGUGGGGGGAUUCUCAGCUUGGGCUGAAUUCGAGCGCCGCUUUGUAGAAUUUACUCCUGACUGCCGUUUCCAUUGGUUCUAGUGAUAAAAAAAUUGGUCUUAAGGAGAUCUUGUGAAGGUUUUAUUUGAAAAUCCUUCUCUGCUAAUAAGAGCAUAAAAUCGAAUGCCAUGAUGAACACCGUAGAAAUCUUUAUUAUGAACAAGAGGGAAACGAAGUUAAGUGUUGCUAUGGACAAGAGGGAAACGAAGAAGAUGGUGAAAACUGUCUCAGGUUUGCAAGAUUAAAGUUUGUUGAUCAGUGGAUGAGUCAACUAAUGUCUUGAUUCACCCUGAAAAGGAAACAGAGUAGACGGCCAUUGACUGAAUCAUCUGACACUCGAGCAAAUCAGUUUGAACGGGUAAUCUUGAAUCGAAGAAGCCUUACAUCUCCAUCUUUGCUCCAUAGGAGCUCUUUUAGGGGGACGAUUAGAAGUUGGGUAGAGAGAACUGCGUCAAAACAUUUUUCUCUCUCAUCGUUCAUUUGUGAAGACUUUUGUCUUCUGCAAAGAGGCUUGGCUUGAGGUUGAGCAUGAAAGAAAAUGAGAGAAUGAUCAUUCAUGUAGAAAACCCUGUUGCAUUCAAAAGCCGUGAGAGGGAGUGAUUUGCAAUAAAUGGCGGGCACCAUCUGUCAUCUCUUCUUUGUCAGAAUUGGCCGCUUAGAUUGAUUACUGGCCAUUUUCCAUCUGAUUUCAAAGCUGAUGAAUUGUGACGAGUCAUUAAAUUAUAAAAAUGCAGGAUCGGGCAUUGAAUUAUCUGAUUUCACUUGGAUUGACCAAUUCUGGGCCAAUCUCGCUCGAUUGCUAUUAUGCACUCAGUUCCAUAAAUUAAAACGUGUACGCGUGUGGUUUCAUACCACGCUUUUAGUGCAUAUGAUCUCUGCCAGUUAUGGUUGAAUACUUGGCUUAAAAUUUGGUUAAAAGUGUUAAAAACACAAAUAUAUCGACUGAUGAGCAACAUGAAUAUUAACAGUGAUGUGAAUAUUGAUAGUUGGGUCUCUAAUCAUUGGUACUCUUAAAUUUCGGAGAUUUAGCUUGCAUUGUUUCCCAGAGCAUGAUGGGAAUCGCAUUCAUUUUUAUAUGACAGAUUCUUUGCACUUCUCUUCGUUCAUCCAGGAUGCGUUAACUUCUGAUAAAAAAGGGCUAAUUUUCUGCCCACCGCCUGCCAUUGGACGCAGCUUAGAUCGAUCUUAGUGGUGCUCUUGUGUAAUGGCUUAAUGCAUAGAAUAAUCGUGGCUUAUUGUCAGCUGUCGGAUAAUUGCCUCCUUGAAAUCCAAGAACUGAUUUAUUAUUGCAUAUAUGAUUUAGGAGAUGUCCCAAGGGUCAAUGGUCAACUAGCUGUGUCCCGCGCCUUUGGAGACAGAUUGCUCAAACCACACCUGACCUCGGCGCCAGCCGUACGCGCCGUAGACAUAACCAAUGACACCGUGCUCCUUAUCCUUGCUAGCGACGGCAUUUGGAAGGUUCUUUCCGUCCCAUCACCCAGUCCUCCAUUUCCCAGACACUCCUCCCCAGUUCCUCACUCUCUCUCUCUCUUCCGUGGAUAAUAUAUAUAUUUCAGGUCAUGAGCAACCAAGAGGCGGCUGACAUUGUGAGGACGGUGCAGGACCCGAAAGAGGCUGCCAAGCGACUGACCGAUGAAGCGCUGAGAAGGGAGAGUAAAGACGACAUAUCCUGCAUCGUUGUCAGAUUCAAGGCAUAG